GAGCUGUAAAUGAGGAUCUGUAUAUUAUCAUGAGUGUUGAUGUCGAUGAGUGACGCUCCGCUCUCCUCUCAGGAUGAAGCACUUCUCCUAUAUUCCUGAUCCAUCCAAGUUCUUCGGAGAUCUGAACUCCAGCCACGGGGGGAAUUUUAAGGCGUGGCUGGGCCCGGUUCUGCUCCGCGAGAGCUUCAUCACUGCAGACUCGGAGCUGGUCAGUCCAGUGGAGGUGUUGAGGCUGCAGGACGCCUGUGACUCUCUCAGCACACACUCACACACACACAGCGGCCCGAUGGACGGGUGGGAUAAAUCCAGCAAAUCCUCCGACUUCUCCAACUCCACAUACUUCCUGUCGCAGAGCUCCAGGGGCCCCGGGCACGCUCUAGAGCCCUGCUCCGCGAACUCCUCAUACGGGCCCGCAGGGGGCAUCAGCGGCCUGGAGACGCAGCGCAGCGCACACGAUGGCGGUGUUCCGGAUCAGCAAACGGAUCUGCUGCAGCUGGAGCGGCUCCGGCAGGACACUCAGAGUCCAGACUCAGGCUUCGCUGGUGGGGCAGAGGACAGCAUGGAGGAGAGCGAGCUGCCCAGUCCUCUGCCCAUCAGUCCUUUGUCCAUAAGUUCUCUGCCCAUCAGUCCUCUGCCCAUCAGCCUGCUGCCACUGAAGCUGCCUGCGCCGCAGCCCAUAAUAAUGCCCCCACUGCUGGGCUUCAGCUGCACCACUGCUCUGCUUCAGCCACUGGAGCUCCUGAACACCUGCGGGCCCGUCCUGCCCUCCAGCGGAGACUACAGACCUGUCAAGAGUUUACAGAACAACCACUGAACAGACUGACCCCAGAUCAGGCGGAAUGAGUGACCACUGAUAGAGAGAGACUGACCUCAGAUCAGCUGGUGUAAGUGACCACCGACUAAUUCACUGGAUGUAACGAUUCACUGAGUCAUUUGAGAAUCGAUUCAAAGAUGUGAUGAUUCAGUUCAGUUCAGCAGGAGAAAUCAACAUGGAAAAACAAACACCACAUAGAAAUCUGAUGCACAAGUUUACAUAUGUGGAUUGCAUACAUAUAAGGAAAUGUAAUAUGUGGAACAUAAACAUUUUAAAAUAUUGCAAAAAUGAAAUGUCCGUUUCCAUAUUAUUUUUCACCCAUUAGAAUUAGAUACAGAUAGAUCAAUAGUGUAGAUAGAAAUAAUAAUAUAAUUACUUUUCUAAUAAUAUAAAUAAUGUAAACAGUUAAUAAUAUGCUGAUUUUUUUAAAAACAUUUUUACGUUAAAAAGGUAAAAAAAAAUCUCAGCUAAGAAAAAGCACAACUAAUAUAUUAGUUUCUUUAAAUUGAAGGUUUUUUAUAUUAUCUGGUAUUUAUUAAUUUAUUUGAUUAGGAAUUUGUUUUAAAAUUUCAAUUAUGCAUGUUAUUCUAUAAAAUACAUGUUUCUUAUUUUACACAUAAAUCUGCAGUAUUUUACAUCAUUUCUUCAUCAAAGGG